AUGGACUUGUUAGUUGAGUUGCUUGAAGUCAAUACACAAGAAGCAAAAGAUGAGACUGAUCAACGCAAAGGGGCAUAUGUUCUCCUAGCCUGGCUGCGAGACAUUUAUUGUAACAAAUGUGACGCAAGCAAGAGUGUCACACACAUCAGUGUGGUAUUCUUAGACGCAUAUCGUGACCUCAGCCAAUCUGGAGUCUAUUCAUGGGGAGCGGCUGCACUGGUCCAUAUGUAUGACAAUCUGAAUGUUGCAUCCAAGCAUACGACAAAACAUCUUGCAGGAUAUAUCACUCUGUUACAGUGUUGGAUCUACGAGAACCCCACAAUUGCUUCCAUCAUUUGA